AUGCUUUACUUGGCACUGUAUGCUUUGUUACCAGCACUGAGUUCGGCUUGUUUCCGAAUGCAUCCACCAACAACGACUACGACCACAACGACACCAAUGAGCACCACAACAUGCCCAACUUGUGCUGAUCUCACACAGAGCACCGCCCCAACAACUGUACAGACCUCAGCCUAUUUCACGUUUUCAAAUGGAUGCUCGAAAGCGACGAACAAUUGCCCGACUGAUGGAGUGCUUAGAUUAGAAACCGAUCAAGGAGUGAUCACGAUCCCGCCCACCGACGCCGAGAGUCAAGAGUUGACUUGCACUGGCGGUGAUUACGAAACAACGUACAAAGGAACCACAUACACAGUCACCGCCGAUGUUUGCUAUGUUGCAAGAUGUGCACAGUGUCCGAUGCCAGUUGUCGAUACGGGGAUCUCCGUGGUGAUCAGCUAUGAUGCAGACAGUCUUUGCGAGAUUGCAACAUUUAGUGGAUGUGCAACAGGAUAUCAAGUGAAGAGCGCAGGCCCGUUCCAGCAAAAAUUCACUAGUCCGUUGCCGUGUGUCGAUUAUGGAGCAACUGCUGGUGGAAGAUGGUACACAAAUCUUACGCCAAACGAAAAUCUAGUCACGUGCCGG